CCUUCUAUACAAUGUGAACCUGAGGAAAAAGCGAGUUUUUCUAUUUAAAUCGUAUGAUUAUACGGAAGAUGAAAUUAUGCAACGGUUCCGUUUCUCUCCUGAAGGCAUUGAUUAUAUAUCGAAGAUUCUUGAUCCGUAUUUACGCCGGGAAACACAGAGAAAUAGAGCAUUGAGUGUACAAACGCAGGUUCAAAUAGCUUUACGCUAUUUUGCCAGCGGCAGUCACCUGAGAGUUGUGGGUGAUGCUCUAGGAUAUGAUAUAUCUACAGUUUCAAGGACAGUAAGAGAUGUGUCAGAUGCAUUGUGCCGAAUUGGCCCAGCAUACAUUUGCUGGCCAAGCGAUAGUGAGAGGAGAGAGAUAAGAGAUGGUUUUUUUGGAAUUGCUGGGUUUCCUGGUGUGAUGGGUGCAAUUGAUUGCACCCAUGUCCGUAUACAGGGACCAUCAGAGUAUGAGAACAAUUACAUCAACAGGAAGGGUUUCCAUUCUAUCAAUGUUCAAGCUGUGUGUGACCACAGAGGUAUAUUAUUUUUUUUUAGUUUGAAACCUUUUAAAAUCGAUCCCCUUCUAUUCUUUUACUCGUCAUCUCAGUUUUAAGUUGCAUUUAUUAUUUCAAUAUAUAUGAAUUUUCCUUUUUAAUAACUGCAUAUAGUUAACUUUUUCAAUAUAUAUACUAUAUAGAAUUUUAAAAUUCCGUAUGAUUUAAAAGUCAUCUACAGUAUUAUACAAGAUGAAAAC